AUGUGCGGAACAAACACAAAGCGGCUGAGGUCGACUGCACUCGGCGUGCCUCUGCAGCUCUCCUCUAAGUCGCUCUCUGACAGGGUGAACAUGCGCAAUGUGGCCAACCUGACCGAGGUUCUGGACAACUGGCGGUUCGACAUCAUCAACCAGAUAAAAGGGCUCCUGCAGAAUGACCACCAGUCUCUCCUGCCGGACUACGCCAGGAUCCAGCCGCUGUCUGAGGCCUUAGACGACCUCUUCAAAGAGUUCAACGCCCUCAAGACUCGUCUGGGCGAUCUGACCGAUAAGUUCACCGCCAUAGAAACUUUUAUCGAUGAGGUCAAAACCAGCCACGCAACCAGCUCCAGCGCCAACGCCAACGCCAACCCGAACCCCAACACCAGCGCCAGCACCAACCCCAACACCGGCGCUGCUGUGGCUCCAGUCGUCAGGCAGAGGCGGGUGAUGAGGAAAAAGGCCCCCGCCUCGUCCUAACCGGACGGCUACGACGAGGCUUUUCCUCUCUGACGUUUGCUUCUCAGGCUGUUUGUGUCUGAAGCUAAUCUAUUCUUUUUAGCAGGCUUUACAAUAUUACGAGCUUCUGCAUAGCUCAGCUUUUUAUAGGGAGAUCUAACAUCUCUCACUCUCAUUUGAAAAUUCAGAAAUAUUCACUAAUCAAUGCAAUUAGUCGACAGAGAAACGAAACAAAUGUGCUCUAUGCACUGAGUUUUAAAUGUUAUUUUAUUCAGAACCUCUUCAUCAUCUUUAUCAUCAGGUGAGAUCUCACCUGCAUGGCUGUAUUAACCUCUUUAGAGUCCCCGGAGCCCUCGGCCUGGAGCUUUCUGCUCACCUCCAUUAUACCUGUCAGUUUUCUAAUUUCCUCAAAGCCAAGCAGAGCUCACAUGUCAAAUUAAAAGAAAACGCUAAUAAAUGACCAGCUAGCUGCUUCUUCACGUGUUAUUCUGGUGCCUAAAGAACAAAAAGUGUUUUUAAACACAUUAUAAAAGAACACAAUAGCCUGAUCUGACCUGAUGACCCCUGACCCCUGACCUGGUUGAGGUUUUCUUUGUGUAGAUUAUUUUUAAAAGCUCACCUGAAAGCAGAAUCUGGAGAUCCAGAAGGAUACCUGGAUCUAGAUCAGUUUUUGUCUUUGAGAACAUCACAACAACACCUUCCACUUUUUAUUUCGUAUUGAUG